AUGCUGCGCGUUCUGAUUGCUCUGGUGACUGUCUUCAUCGUCUCGCGGCUCGCUAAGCUGCGCUCAGGCCUCAAAGCGGUGGACCAUCUUCCAGGACUUCGUUGUGCGUUCACGCCGAUAUCUGGAUGGGGUUUCGUCAUCCCAACAAGUCUCAAUCCAUUGCUCUUCAAUCCCGGGAGCAACUUCUUUUGGUCGAUGAAAUUCAAUGGAUUAUACCCGAAGUAUGACAUUAUUUCCAUUGUCCCAUGGCUUCAAGGACCCGCAACAAUAUUCGUGUCAUCCGUAGAGAUGAUGCGUCAAAUUAUAGGACGCACGGACGCUUUCGAUAAAUUGACAGAUAGCCCUGGCGUGUACUUAUUCGGCGAGAACGUCGCCAGUCUGCAGAGGGAAGGAUGGAAAAAACAUCGAAGAAUUCUCAAUCCAGCCUUCUCACCUAAACUAUACAAUAUGGUGUGGAAUGAAAGUAUCAGAAUAUUUCAUGAAAUGGCCACAUGUGAAGGAGAGUGGAAGGAUGCUCCUGUGGCUGAUGUUACUACUCUGACCGCUAGGUUUGCUCUCAUGGUCGUCUCGUCUUGUGCAUACGACUUUCGCUUCACUUGGUCUGACCCACUUCCCACUGCUGCGUCAGGAGGAGAGAAAACUAUCCGAGAAUGUUUCGACAUUGCGCUCAAUUCUAUUCCUAUCCGGCUCCUGGCCCCUAGAUGGGCGUAUUCUUUACCUUCUAAGAUGCUCCGUCGAGUAGACUAUGCUUUCAACAGGCUCACCUCGUUUUCCAAGUCACAGGUCGCUCUGCGCCGAGAGCAGAUGAUUAAUGGAACAAUGGAUAACGACAAUGGGCUUGGAAUGAGUGCAGUCUUCAAUACUCUCGUUAGGGCCGGCGAAGACGACGGCAGGUUUGCACUCAGUGAACGUGAAGUUGUCGGAAAUACGUUCACUAUGCUCUUCGCGGGUCACGAAACGACAGCUCGAGCAUUGAGUGCAACUUUGGCAAUGCUUAGUCUUCACCAGGAUGAGCAAGAACGAGUUUAUCAAGAAAUUACGCGAGUUUUACCUGACGGUCGUGAGCCGGCUUUCGAGGAUUUUGAUUCUUUCACCCACACCCGAAAUUGUUUCACAGAGGCCAUGAGGCUAUAUCCGCCUGCCUCCGUUAUCUUGAGGGAAGCCAUGCAAGAUGCUGUACUUUCGAUUACAGAUCGAGACAGAGGCAAAAAGGUGCGGGAUGUGAUAAUCAAGAAAGGCACGCUUACUUGCAUCGAUGUUAUUGGCAUACAUUAUAAUCCUCGUUAUUUCCCUGAUCCAGAAAUAUUCGAACCAUCUCGUUGGGAAGACAGUACUGUCAACACCGAUGCGUUCGUUGGAUUUGGCCAUGGACCUCGUGUGUGCAUUGGAGACAGAUUUUCGAUCGUCGAGAGCAUUUGCUUCUUGGUCAUGCUACUUCGCACCUGGAAGGUGGAAGUUAACUUGCUAAACAAUGAAACAUUGGAACAAUGGCGACAACGGGUCUUGACUGGGAAGAAUACAGUUACAUUAUGUUUGGGCGAAGUCUCUCUUAAGCUCACUAAGAGAUCGUGA